AUGCAUGCGGCGGCGUUCGACGGCGGUGUCGCGUCGACUCGCGGCGACCUGAACAACGUGAGCUCAUCGAGCUGCCGCGUCCGACCCCACCGCCGUCCACUGGCCACUUGGUGCCCGCUACGACACACGCCCCAUUGAAGCUAAGAUGAUCCGACUCGCCUCGGCAUAGGUGCUCUAUUACUACCUCGUGAAACCACCAUGUCGGCCACUCCCAGCGAGGCGACCCCACCUUUACAUCCGUCCCCUUUCUUUAACUCGUCACAACAUCCUCACUCCUCUGAUCCUUCUUCAGCUGCUCAGCGUGCAACAGGGACCACCUCAUCCACGAGUGACUCUGAGUCGUCAUCAGACUCAGACUCAGACUCGGGCUCAGAAUCGCUCUCGGAUUCGAGCACGCUCGACAGUCGACACGCCGACAGCGGAGAUAAUGUACACCGAUCGCCGCGAUCCUCUCUUCUGCACGGUCGAGCAGAAGACAUCAAGGACGAUACCGAAUCUGGCUCCGAUCGAUCUAGUGACGAAGAUGGCGAUUCGACCUCGACCGAGGACGAGUUUUCGCUCCCCGGCGCAUGGACUUCGGCUCCCAAACCUCGGCGAUUGAGGGGCUUCGCCUCGGCGAGAGCGAGCACUAUUGUCGCCCAGCCUCCGACCGUGAGCAACAUCAAGGCCGGUAGCACACAAGCCUCGCGCGCACAUCUGCGGCUUUCAUUGGCCCUGAUCAGGGUCCGUCAGGCGAUUGCCUCCUCUUCGUUCGAUGCGCUAGCCACGGCCGUGAGAUGGCUUGCCUCGGUUCUCACCCCUUCCUCGAUCGAAGGAUUGGGUGUCUUCUUGCCCAUACUCGAUCGACUCGCUUGCGAUCUCGAGCAAUGCGUAUCAGGCGACGACAAGGGCAAGGCCUUCCGCAAGCAACUCUCUUCUCAGGACGCCAAGGCGUUGAUCGCACUGAGGCAGCGAUGGGCAGUCUCCGAUGUCGCGAAGCCGAAAACCACCGAUGUGGAGCACGACUGGGCCUCUCAGAUUAGGCUUUUGGUAGGAAAAGUACGUGCCGCACUAUCCGUACCUCGCACAUCCCCAUUCUAACACUCCCAACCAUAUCCUUCUUCCAGCAUCCAUCAGCGGCCCCUACUUGCCUCUCUCGGCCGUACGACCGACGAACCGCUGCGGCCCUCACGGCACUCGAGUCUCUUCUUUUGCCCUCAUCUCUCCCCCGCAUCAACCUUUCGAACCUGGGUAUGACGACGGAUCAAUUGGGCUCGCUGGACGCCUUCAACCAGGCUGAGCAUGUCCUCGAAUGGUACCUCUCGUUCAAUCCGAGCCGGGAGACGAAACCGACGGCCAGGAGCAUCCUCGACGCCGUGACGAGUCUUGAUUUGUCCAAAAACGUGCUCGAUAGUAAGCAUUCAACACUGAAACGAUCGGCUCCUGAAGAUGAACCUCAAGACUAAGUUUGCUUGACAUUCCCCGCAGAUUGGCCAUCGACCAUGCAUCUUCUCCUGCCAAAUCUCGAGACGUUGACCAUUUCCAACAACCACUUCCGACACAUCCCGUCGACGAUUGUACUUUUUGUUUCACUUCGACGGCUGCGUCGUCAUGGCAAUCGAUUGGUCAAAAUGCUUCGAUCGUCCAGGGGCAAUAAGAGGUCCGCAGCUACCGCAUGCGGAGGAACAUGUAGCAACACCAAGCAGCUCGUCGAGACGAUACUGGCACGCCGACGUCCGAGGCAGAAGGACGCUCUCGAACGUGGAAAACCAUCCUCUGUUCCUUCGCUCGUCUCGACGUCGAUUCAGCUACUCCAUCUUCACCUCCCAUCCUUCGAAUCCGAAGCCUCCAAAGCCCUGUUCUCGAGCAUCCCACCUCAUCUCACCGAGGCGAUUUGGGAUUCGUACGAAUGCGCAUCCUGCCAUCGGUUCCUCACUCCUCUGAUCCAAGAUGCCGCCGACCACCUCCCGCCUUUCUACGAGAAAGUUUACCACCUCGACCCAGGAGUCUCUAUCCCCUCCCAGCAACCGACCGUACCGCGACCUGUCGCUCUCAACUCAGCAUCACCGGGUGGAUCCCUCACACCAGCUCCAAGUCGGCCCUUGACCCCUUCAACAGCGUCAGCUCGUUACCUCUUGACUUUGGAAGAAAGGGUACUAUUGGCUCUACACGCGCGGAGUUCAGACAAGUUGCAAACGAUCGUCAUCGGGGACUCAAGGAGGCAUCGCUUUUGCUACGAUUGUGGGGCGAGACAUCUCGGCGUUGAUGAUUUUAGAGAAGUGGGCAUGUUGGAUUCCAGUGCUAGGAAGAGGUGUGAGUGCGAAAUUUGCAAGGAAGAGAGGAGGGUCAAGGGGGAGGGGGACAGAAAAGGUCAGGCGGUCGUGAUGCGUUGGCUGAGGAGGAAGGCUCCGAGAUCGCUUGUGGUGUGCUUUUGA